CGUCCCAUUCGGAGAUGUCUUUCUACAGGAAUAUCGUCUGGUUUAUCAAAGGAAUGCGGGAGUAUACAAGAAACGGAUAUGAAUCAGCCUGUAAAAACUUCAUGGCGAAGGAUCUGGAGGUGUCCAUGGUAGGCCGGUCCUUUAUGAUCACUGGAGCCAACAGCGGGAUUGGGAAAGCCACAGCCAUGGCUAUCGCCAAGAAAGGUGGGACGGUUCACCUCGUGUGUCGAAACAAAGACAGAGCCGAGAAGGCAAGAGAAGACCUAGUGAGAGAAAGCGGUAAUACUGAGAUACACAUUCACCUGCUGGAUCUGUCGGAGACUCGGAAGGUGUGGGAGUUUGCUGAAGCUUUCAAGAAGGAGUAUUCCUCUCUGAAUGUUCUGAUCAAUAAUGCAGGGUGCAUGGUAAACCAACGGGAGCUUAACUCUGAGGGUCUGGAGAAGAACUUUGCCACAAACACCCUGGGUGUUUAUAUACUCACCACCAGUCUGAUCCCUUUGCUGGAGAAAAGCCGAGACCCCAGAGUGAUUACUGUAUCGUCUGGAGGAAUGCUGGUGCAGAAGCUACACACGGAUGACUUGCAGACAGAGAGAUGUCAUUUCGAUGGCACGAUGGUCUAUGCACAGAAUAAGAGGCAGCAGGUGGUGAUGACGGGGGCGUUGGCCAAAGAACAUCCCAAAAUCCAUUUCUCCGUCAUGCACCCUGGCUGGGCCGACACCCCUGCGGUUGCCACGGCAAUGCCUCAGUUCCAUCAGAUGAUGCGUGAUAGGUUGCGGACUGCGGAGCAGGGAGCUGACACCGUCGUCUGGCUGGCCGUGUCGCAUGCUGCUACUGCUGCACCUAGUGGACAAUUCUUCCAAGAUCGAAGGGCAGUGCCAAUCCACCUGCCCCUGGCAUGGACACACAGCUCCCAGCAGGAAGUCCAGAACUUCAUGGCCCAGUUGGACAAACUGGCCUCGUCUCUCAAACCAGUGGAGUGAGCAGGCGCCGAGUCCCAAAGGGGCGUGUCCCAGACCGGGGGGGUGGCCCGCUGACGUCGCUCUGAUGUUCUGGGUUUUGAAUGAGGAUGUCACUCCGAAAUUAUCUGAAUACAUUUAAAAUAUGCAAAAGAAUCUCAAAUGCAAAAGAAGAAAGGCCCUUAUCCAAUCAAGCACUGCGCUUUUUAAACUGCUGUUGGCUUCUGCUUUUCCUUAUGCACUUCACAUUGGCCCUCAUAUAAACCAAACGAUUUAGUUCUUCAUAAUGCUUCAUAAUGCUGCUACUGUUCUUUGUCUCCCCCCCCCUCACAGAGACAGGUUUACAUUUCCACAUGACGUGAUGGGUAAUAAGGUCUCUAACUCACCCGAGUGCUUUUUACAUACGUAAUUCG